AUGGCCGAAAGUAUACCCGAGGAUGUCGUCGUCGAUAUACUCUUGAGGCUACCGGCGAAGUCGCUGGUGCGAUUCAAAUGCGUCUGCAAGCGCUGGCGGUCUCUGAUCUCCGACCGGGCCUUCGCCAAGUCGCAUCUGCAGAGGGUGAAGGCAGCGGAUUUGAUCCCUAGCCAGAGAAUCAUCAUCGGCGGCCGCAACAGCCCCCUCAAGACCGUGGACUACGAAGCGCUCGACGGCGGUGGCGAGGGUCGCAUGGUGGUACCUCAUGGGAUCAAACCUUUGUGGGAGUCCCGCAUCGUGGGGUCCUGUGAUGGCCUUGUAUGUUUACUUGGCCACUCCAAUUUUGUCAUAUAUAACCCGACCACCGGGGAGUAUAUUGAGUUGCCCAGUUCCGAUUUUGUUGAUCAUGCUAUGUAUUUCAGUAGUGGAGCCAGAUAUGAUUCAUUCUAUGGAUUCGGAUAUGACUCUCAAUCUGAUGACUACAAAAUAGCCCUAGUAGUAGGGGAUGUUGUUGUUGAAGUUAAAAAUUGGAAGGUGGCAAUAUUUUCGCUCAAAUCUUGUUCCUGGAGGAUGAUGAUGAUAGAAGUUCCGUUCCAAGAAGAGGGAGUCGAAUGUUGCGGCCCAGCAGUUUAUUGGAAAGGGGCCUUACACUGGGACGUCUUUGUCUGGAACACGAAUGGUGAGGGCUUUUCUGCGAUGUUGUCAUUUGACUUGUUGGAAGAGAAAUUUCACCAGGUGCUUCCAGUCCCUGCAGUUGAUGACGGCAUACUACUCCUGGGACUCGAGAUUCAUGGGGCGAAUCUGUUCAUAUACAAUAAUGCCCAAAAUCCCCGCAUUGAGGCAUGGAUUACAGAUCAGUACAGGAUAGGAGCACCGUGGAAAAAAUGGUUAAGUGUUGAUUGCAGUGCCUUGAAUACGCCCUUUGAGAAGAUUCCCCUUGUGUACACAAGGAGUGAAAAGAUUGUUUUUUUGAUGGAUAGGAAGUGGAUGAUUAUGUUUAAUCCGGAGGAUAAUACUUGCAGGGAAUAUCUCUUAGGGACGGACCUUAUUACCGAAUAUGCUAUCUAUUUGGAAACCCUUGUUUCUCCCUACCUUGGCGGUGGAGCUGUUGAAUGA